CUCUGUUUUGUGACAGAUAGAAGCUCCAGAGAAGAAGCUGAGGAGUUGUGAAACUUCGGUCCGGCUGGUGAGACCAGGACCGGGCGGACUGAUCGGGAGAACCCGGGGCUGAACCAUGGGCCUGCUGGCGAGGGUGCGGAAGGAAUGGUUCAUCAUCGGGAUCGUGCUGGUCAUCUUAUCGGCCAAACUGCAGCCCAGCGUCGGUGUCAGAGGAGGUCCGUUAAAGCCAGAGAUCACCAUCGCGUAUGUCGCCGUCUCGCUCAUUUUCUUCAACAGCGGCCUGUCAUUGAAAACAGAGGAGUUGACGAGUGCGCUGCUUCACGUUCGGCUCCACCUCUUUGUGCAGUCCUUCACGCUCAUCUUCUUCCCGCUGGUCAUCUGGCUGCUGCUCAAAGUGCUCGCACUCACCGCCAUCGACCAGUGGCUGCUCAGAGGGUUACAAACCGUGAGCUGCAUGCCCCCUCCGGUCUCGUCAGCUGUUAUUCUCACCAAGGCUGUCGGAGGCAACGAGGCUGCUGCCAUCUUCAACUCAGCGUUCGGAAGCUUCCUGGGAAUCAUCGUGACUCCAGUGCUGCUGCUGCUGUUUCUCGGCUCGUCAUCCUCCGUUCCCUUCUCCUCCAUCUUCUCUCAGCUCUUCAUGACCGUGGUGGUUCCUCUGAUCCUGGGUCAGGUGUGUCGUAGUUUCCUCAGGGAGUAUCUGGAGCGGCGGAAGCUUCCGUUCGGCACCGUCAGCAGCGCCGUCCUGCUCAUGAUCAUCUACACCACCUUCUGUGACACCUUCAGUAACCCCAACAUCGAGCUGGACCCCACCAGCCUGCUGAUGGUCAUCCUCAUCAUUUUCUCCAUCCAGCUCAGCUUCAUGCUGCUCACGUUUGCCUUCUCCACCAGGUCAGGAUCAGGAUUCAGCCCUGCAGACACUGUCGCCAUCAUGUUCUGCUCCACACACAAGUCUCUCACUCUGGGUAUCCCCAUGUUAAAGAUCGUGUUUGAGGGCUACGAGCAUCUCUCUCUGAUCUCAGUCCCUCUGUUGAUCUACCAUCCGGCUCAGAUCCUGCUCGGCUCCGUCCUCGUACCGACCAUCCGCAGCUGGAUGACCAGUCGGCAGAAGUCUAGUCUGUUGUUGAGAUAGGGCCGCAUUCCAACACUGCUGCCCAGAGCGGUGAAACUGUCGACUCUUCAGCCCAUCUGACGAGGAGGAGACAAGCGUUUUGGUGCACAAGUGUGCAAAAGCGGAAGAAUACAGUAGUAUGUGCCUUAUUACAAACAACAGAGACCUCAGCGCCAUGGACGGAGUGAGGCGCACCAGUCGCCUUGAUAUUCUCAGUUUCUACGACAACGAAAAGCUCAUAUUUCCAUCAUAUAUAUUCCUUUAUAUUUAAAAGAAUCCACAAGAUUUAUUUUUAUAUAAAAUACCCAAAAAUUCCUGCAGAAAGAGGACAGCUGUUUUCCUUAAAGACAAAUGGAGUGUUUGGUUGGAAAACAGCACCUCGCAGCAGGAACAUGAAUGAAAGAGUUACUGGGACCAUUCUUUUUUAUGUUUCUUGCGAUUUUCUACUUUUUUUCUACUCUACUUUUAUCCGAGCUGUCACUGCCAGAAAAUGUGGACACUUGUCACAUUUAUGUUGUUGACUGAAACGAAAUAAUGCUGGAUUGUCUGAAAUUUAAUAUACAGUUUAAUAAUGAGGGUUGUUUUUCUGUCACUUUCUAAGAUAACACUUGUGUUUGUUGACAA